AUGGUGCCCAAUCCGUGCUACGUCUGCAGUUCUCCUGCCAACGAGUGUCACUUUGGUUCAAAGUCACAGAUCUGCAGGUACAUCAGAUCCGAAACGUGACUUUCCUAGGCGAUCACGAAACAAGACACUUGCGGGUGUAGUUUGUAGCAGCGGUCAAUGAACAGAUUGCUGUGAUAAGAGAGACCAAAAUCUAGUUAGAACGGGUUAAAACACAACAGACGCCGACAGUAAUCCCAUUGCAAUCUAAUUGAGUUUCAGAGCUUGUUCCGCCUUCUUCCGCCGUUAUGUGCUCUCUCCGAAAUCGGCGAUCAAAUGCAGAAAAGACAAGUCUUGCCGCAUUUUCUUCAGUCCGUUCCAUCUCCAACUUCACGUUUCCAACCGAAUCAUUUCCAGAAGAUCCCAAGAUUUGUCGCUUCUGUCGAAUGGAAAAGUGCGUGUCGGCAGGAAUGAAAACGUCGGCGGUUCAACCGCCACGCGAGAAGUACAGCGAAGAUAAAGCAGACUCGGACGGCGGUUCGUGUUACAGUGCGGUGAGAAACAAAGCAGAAUGACGUGGCGAUCAACUGUUUGAACCGUUUGCAGAGUCCGUUCACCUAUGAAGUCCAAAGUUGUUCUCGGGAAAUGCCACGUCUUCUCCGUCUCAGUGCACACUUCAAGAACCUGGAAAGAGUUCGCAAACUGGAAUUCCAGAAUCAGGAAGCGCCGAAAUCACGGAAUAUGGUCGAGUUGAUCGAGAUUCUGAGGAAAGACAUGCGAUUAGUGUCGAAUUUCGUGGAAGGAGCCUAUCCAGAAAUAGGACAAGUGGGCAAAAUAGAAAAGGUUGGUCCCUCAUUCUCUCCUUGUACUUUGCUGAUGUUCCGUUUUGCAGAAGCUUCUGUUCUUGAACUUCUUCAUCAAGUACAUGCUGGUAGAACCUCCGUUCCUCGGACUGACAACUGGCAGAAAGGAGAUGGUGCUGCCGAACGGAGAUCAUUACGAAGAAGACAUCGGCAGAUUCUACACGGGUCAUUUGGACAUUGAGAACUUGUCUGAACAGACGGCAGACAAGUUUUUCACGCCCUAUUGGAACGAGUACAAACGGACCGUGAUCGACGACGUCUGGUUCCUGAAGCCCGAUGUUUUCGAGUUCCUUGCCGUCUCCGGACUCAUUCUCUGGGACACCGGUGGGUAUUUUCUGUUAAUAUGCUCAAAGAAAAGUGCACUUUAGGGCUAGAAGGACUGAGCGAUCAGGGAAUCGAAGUGUGUCGGGGGAUGCGUGAAAAGCUGGUGUCCGAAAUCCAUUUCUACUACAAGAACAUCAAGAAAGUGGAAGAUCCGUGUCUGCGGCUCGGCCAGAUCAUGAUGCUUCUGGCUUCAGUCCAAAAAUCGUUCGGAAAGUAUCAGGAGGAGCUGGAAAUGUGCGGAUUCUUCGAGAUAUGCAAAAAUUUGGACACCGAAGCGUGUCAGAUCAUCAACGAAUCGUUGCAAUUAUGAUAACCAUUUUACAAUUGUUCUGAGCUCGCUCUUCUUGCCUUUUCUCGUGUUUUGAUGAAUAAAAUUAAAUCAGAAAGUUUGAAAUAGCAAGUCAUAGAAGUACUUGCACCUACCACGAGACCAUCGUCGUCUGUGUCUCCUUCCCUCUCGAUAAUCGAUUCAUGAUAGCACUAUUCUCUCCCGUUUCGGAGUCAAUUUCAGUCUCGAAUGGAUCACGAACACUCAUGUCUGGUUUGCGACGCUCCGUCGACCGAACCUCAUUACGGAGCGGAUGUCUGCAGGUGAGUCACGUUCCGAAUCAAGUGAAAUCGGAUUCAUCUCUCGAUCUUUGUGUUUUGAUGAAUACGACCGAAACGACAGUACCCCACGAUCAAAAGUCUGCCCAAUGAGAAUGUCUUCAUUUAAUAUGAAUACCUUUAUCUGUGCCCUCAAAAAUGUCUUCAUUUUCUAUCAAACAUGCCCUAAGUGCCCUGAAGUUCACGUUCAGAGCAUGCGCUGCCUUCUUCCGUCGUCGAGUCCUUUCCCGUUUUCCAGUAAACUGUGAAUGGAAACAAUCGUGUGAAAUCACAAGUACGUGACUUCUUUCUUUCUCUCUUUCUUCUUUUACAUACUUAUAUCAUUGAAGGUAAUCGAGACGUGCGUCAGUGCAAAGCUUGUCGAAUGAAAAAGUGUCUGGAGGUGGGAAUGCAAGUGACACGUUAGUAAGACAACCAGAAGAGAUAUUCAGAAUGAAGAGGUUUCAGAUGUGCAAAACAAAAGAGACAGACAUGAUAACGAGAAGGUUCAGGCGAAGGAAGAGACUGUACCGACGGACAUCGUGCCCUUUUGUUAUUCGAAAGUUAGCAGUCUGCCGACGGAGCUCCAGAGCUCUACCAAUUUCGAGUACCAAAGCAUGCACCUCAAGGCUCUGCAUCAGCAUUUUACCGAAAUGCUCAGACUAAGAAAGACUACCUUACCGAAACGGAGGAUUAUUCGAAGUCUGCACCACGCAGAAGCCUUGACUAUUUUCCGGAAAGAUGUGAAAUUGGCGGCCAAUUGGAUUUAUCAGACUUUUCCCGAGUUUUCUGAACGAUUGAAUGCGGAACAGCAACAGUUGCUUUUCCGGAAUUUCUACCUGAAAUGGACGGUCUUCGAGCCAGCGUUCUUGGCGGUUUUGCUGGGAAAACCGGACACGUAUCACCUGCCGACGGGAGAUAUUGUGGACGAAGUGAGCAGAUACUACACGAGGCACAUGAGCACUCCCCCCAGGUGCAGUUUGGAUGAGGUGUCCAGGUAACGUCUUCAUUCGGAAGCUAUGAUUCUAGACCACUAUCUUCAGAAUCUUCACCCCCUACUGGACUGAUUUCCACAACACUCUCGUGGACCCAGUGAUCAGUGCGAAACUGACAAUCCACGAGUUUCUCCUGCUCACCGCGAUCUGUCUAUUCGACGUCGGACUCGAUGGACAGUCGGAUGAAUGCAGGGAUUACUGCCAGGAAGUUCGGCAGCAACUCUUCCGGGAACUCAAUGUCGUCUGCAAGAGCUCCGCUUCCGAAGAUUCUUGCUUCCGAUUCGCGCAGAACAUGCUCCUGCUGCCGUCCAUUCAAAGAGGAAUCGAUGUGUUCGAAGAGGAGCUGCAAGUGGGAGGCCUUUAUAGAUUUCUGUCGACGGACACCGACGACUGGUACAAAAUGGUUGACGGACCGCGCUUCGAGAAGAAAUGA